AAACAAUGAUCACAUUGAUAGAAUAAGAAAGACAAGAUAUUGAUCAACCAUGGUUUCAAAACCGCUAUUCUCCCUGCUGCUUCUCACGGUGGCAUUGGUCGUGGUUCAAACCCGAUCCCUAGUCAACGCUGAAGAUUCCGAGCCUUCGAGUUCCGCGAGAAAGCCUCGGGUGAAGAUCGUCAAGGGGAAAACGUUAUGCGACAAAGGAUGGGAAUGUAAAGGAUGGUCCGAGUAUUGUUGCAACCAUACGAUCUCCGAUUUUUUUGAGACAUAUCAAUUCGAGAAUCUAUUCUCUAAGCGUAACAGUCCAGUGGCUCACGCCGUCGGUUUUUGGGAUUAUCGAUCAUUCAUCACCGCGGCUGCCGAGUAUCAGCCUCUUGGGUUCGGUACUGCUGGUGAGAAACUUCAAGGGAUGAAGGAAGUCGCUGCGUUUCUUGGCCACGUUGGAAGCAAAACCUCAUGCGGGUACGGGGUUGCAACAGGCGGACCAUUAGCUUGGGGAUUGUGUUACAACAAGGAGAUGAGUCCUGAUCAACUCUACUGCGAUGAUUACUACAAAUUGACGUAUCCUUGUACUCCUGGUGUCUCGUACCACGGUAGAGGAGCUUUACCGGUUUACUGGAAUUACAAUUAUGGUCAAACCGGGGAGGCUUUGAAAGUGGACCUACUGAGUCACCCAGAGUAUCUCGAGAACAAUGCUACGUUGGCGUUUCAGGCAGCGAUUUGGCGGUGGAUGACGCCACCGAAGAAGCAUUUGCCAUCGGCGCACGAUGUUUUCGUUGGAAAAUGGAAGCCAACGAAGAAUGACACGGCGGCGAAACGUACUCCAGGAUUCGGAGCGACCAUUAACGUUCUUUACGGUGAUCAAAUCUGCAACAGCGGAUUCGAUAACGAUGAGAUGAACAACAUCGUUUCUCAUUAUUUGUAUUAUCUAGAUCUGAUAGGUGUUGGACGAGAGGAAGCUGGUCCUCACGAGAAGCUAUCGUGCGCGGAUCAAGAACCUUUCUCUUCUUCCUCUGCUCCUACAAGUUCUGGUUCCUCUUCUUGAGUGAUGAUUUUGUGAUAUACAAUUCGGUGACUUUUGAAAAAGAACGUGAGUUUGGUGUAUAUGUAUUUUGCAUGGCCAUGCAUGGUUUUAAUAUUUUGUAAAAAUAUACGUAUGAUUGCAAU